AUGAGACGUCAAACGACUGCCAUCUUUGUUCUCCUUGGGCUUCUCGCCGUCUUUGUGGUCCAAGGAUCAACUGAAGACACUGGUUCAACUCCAACUGCAGAUAAUGCUCCUGCUGCAUCUAAUGGCACCGCAGCACCUCUUUCAACUGCAAAUGAAACAUCAGCUGACCCGGCUGGAACUCCUGAACAAGCUGCUGAAGCAACUGUAUCAUCAUUCACUUCAAUCCACUCAAUCUUCGCUGCUUCUGCUGUGGUUUUGGCUCAUGCUCUCUAA